AUGCCAAAACCAGAUUCAAUAUUUCUGGUUACUACUAAUCAAAAGGAUGAUGAAGGAAAACCAAGUAUAAUUUCUGACCUUGCUUUUGGCACACAUCCAUCCUCUUGGAAAACAUUCGUACCACGAGUUGUCAAAGGUUACUCCUUUGGUACUCACAAAACUUUAGAGUGUCGUGGUGUUUCCUAUUGUACAACAUGUAACAAAGGUGCUGAAGAUGGUGAAGUUUACACUAAGAAAUUCACCUUUUGUAGGAAGAUGGAGCCCAUUACAGGCAAAGUGUGUAAUACCAAGCUAGUGAAGUUGGGUGAGAAGUGUAUGCAUAGGGUAAGAUGGUACAAAACAGCACCAGACGAAGGUGGAAACAUGAUGAAUCUGGUCAUGUUUGAAAAGGCACAUGCUCACAAUACUGUUAUUACAGGUAAAUUCACCAAGAAGGCGGAACAACUAAUUGAAGAACAUGUGAAGAAGAACCCCAGAGUGAAAGCUUCACAAUUAAAGAAAAGACGUUCUACAAAUCUAGUUGCGAAAGAUUGCUCUGCACUAUUGAACAAUGAUGCGGUAGCAUCAUUGGUAAGGAAGAAGAAGGAUAAGCAUUACGGGCAGAACAGGUUCAAGGAUAUGCCAGACCUUGCUAACGCCCUAACCGAGUCGUACCAAAAAGAGCACAAAGAUGAUAAAAGAACCGUGCUUGGUACCAUUACAAGGGAAUUGGGGGUCUCAAUUUAUUUGAGAAAGUUUGGCAGUGUGAAAACAUUUUUGAAAUGGUGGAAAGCAAGAAUUGAUAUUCUAAUCAAUCCAAACGUGCGUGUAACUACUAAUAACAUCGCAGAAUCGAACAAUGCGCUGAUUAGAAUAGUGAUAGAAGAUGCUAAUUUGUCAAUUGAAUUCAAAAACAGUUUUGAAGUUGAUCGGGGUACUUCUUGGAGACUCAGCAACAAACAAGCGUUGUUAAACCGUAAAAAGUGGGCAUACAACAAUGACGGAGUGCCAAACUUAAACCAGGUGGAUGAAGUUGGUGGUGAAAGUGUGGAAAUUAAUAAUGAUGAGGAUUAUUGUGAAAAUAAUAAUGCUGUGGAUGAGGAUGAAGUGGAUGAUGAAGUGGAUGAUGAAGUAGAUGAAGUAGAUGAAGAAGUGGAUAAUAAUAGUGAGAAUGAUGAUGAAGAGGAGGAAGGUGAGGAAGAUGGGGAUUAUGUUGAAGAAGAGGAGGAAGAAAGAAGAAAGAAGAAAACAAAAGUUACUAAAAAGAAAUGGAAGAAUGUAACAAGAAGAAAGCAGGAGAAGAAAAAUGAAGAAGAGGAAGGUGAAAGUAAAAAUGAGAAGACAAAAAUAAGUCAUUUUAGAAGAUGGAAUGAAGAUGUGAAGAGUUUAGGGAGUAAAAGAAAGAGGAAUGUAGUAGAUUAUAAAAAGACUAAUGGUGAUGAUAGUGAAUAA